AUGAUAUCCUCGGGAAUACCCAACACUUUCCUGGAAAAUGUCCACGGCAACGGCUUCGCAAGCACUCUCAGUGUCAGGCUUGUGCGAACCAACGAGAUCGCCAUGAUGGCGAAGACAGCCGGAUUCGACGGCUUGCUCAUCGAAAUGGAGCAUUCGACUUUCGACGUAGAUCUGACCUCGCAACUCUGCCUUGCUGCACUUUACGCCAACAUCGCCCCGAUCGUUCGUGUGCCCUCAAACACGACGGCUUUCAUCUCUCGCGUUCUGGAUGGCGGAGCACUGGGAGUCAUCAUCCCUCACAUAAGAUCUGUCGCGGAGGCGAAGAAAGCAGUCGACGCAGCUAAAUUCUACCCUCUCGGUACACGAUCAGCUACCAGUGGAACGCCACAGUUCCAACAUCGCAGCGUUCCCAACGCGAACCACGCCAGCAAUACAGGCACCGUCGUUAUUCCCAUGAUCGAGACGUUGGAAGCGCUGGAGCUGGUCGACGAGAUUGCCGCCCUGGAGGGCGUUGACUCACUUUUGAUCGGCACCAAUGAUCUGUGCCUUGAGACGGGGUUGCCACAUGAUUUCGACCACCCCAGGGUCACCGAGACAUACGAGCGAACAAUUGCGGCGUGUAAGAAGCAUGGCAAGUUCGUCGGCAUUGGAGGGCUGAACUCGAGAUUAGACCUCAUCAAGAAAUUCCGCGAGAUGGGGGCAUCUUGGGCCAUGGCGGGUGCAGACAAUGCUUUUUUGAUGGCCGCUGCAACCAGUCGUGCGAAGGAGAUGAAUGGCUUGAAGUUUACGUGA